UCAUAAUGAAAAUACGCUGUUUGGGCCAAGUAAAUACUUAAUUCUGCUUAUCAGGGCUUGCUCCUGUAUCCACCUCUUAUGAUUGUUUCUCUUUGUUUUGUAGCUAAAAGAAAUCUUGCAGAUUAUUUCCGUCGCUGCGGCUGAUAUUGAUCGCUUUGUGUAUUCCUCUUUUUUUUUCUGCAACUCACAGUCAAGUUUAAAAAGAACUCAAUGCAGGAACCACGGGGGGGGGGGAACGUUUUGAUAGUAAUCCUACAGCAUUUUUCGGGUAUUCAAUUCAUAUUGCAAAUUUAAGUUGCACUUUGGUGCCAAUGCGUAAAAUCGACCUUUACUCUGUCUGAUAAUUACUGCAAGCGUAGCAUUAGUAGAUGUUACGGAGGUGUGUGCUUUGCACGUUAGAUGGCUGCAGGGUUCGAUUUUAAACAAUCAACUCAGGACCAAAGUCCUGUUUGUCCUUUGGCUAACGAUUUACACCCACCUGUCCACUCACCAGGGUCCAUGCGUGACCGCGCAUGGAAACAGCUCUGCAGAAUGAGGCUCCGCGCAGACGCAAAGUGCUCCUUAAGUACAAGCCACGUCGCCUUUACGUGUAACCUCAUUUGUCAAAGUCUUACUCUUCAACAACACCUCUUAUCAGUCCUACUGUUUUCUAAUAGCUGCUGUUGUGAAUAAACACUAUGAAGGAGGGAAGAACAUUUACAUCCAUUUAAGCAUUCGAGAAGGAAGAAGAGGACCAGUACCUACUCAGAGAGAUCUCUUUGCAAAUGUUUUCUCGCAUCAGGCGCUACUCCGAUGUGAUGACACUGCCGGACUCUUUUAUCCAACGCCAGCAGCUUGACGCCAGUAUGGCUGACACCUUCCUGGAGCAUCUCUGUCUCCUGGACAUCAACCAGGAGCCAAUCACAGCGCGCAACACCAGCAUAAUCUGCACCAUCGGUCCGGCAUCUCGAUCGAUCCCCAAACUUCAGGAGAUGAUCAAGGCUGGAAUGAAUAUCGCCCGUCUUAACUUCUCUCAUGGAUCACAUGAAUAUCACGGUGAAACCAUCAAGAACAUCAGAGAGGCGGUGGAGACGAUAACCUCUGACCCGUUGUACUAUCGACCGGUUGCCAUCGCUUUGGAUACGAAGGGCCCAGAGAUCCGCACCGGAUUAGUUAAAGGGAAAGUGGAAGAAGAGGUGGAGCUGGUGAAGGGCAACAAUGUGCGCGUGGUGACAGCAGAGAGUGACAAAGACAAAACAGAUGGAAAGAUAAUCUGGGUGGACUAUCCCAACCUGCCCAAAGUUCUCAAGAAGGAUGGAAAGAUCUACAUUGAUGAUGGCCUCAUUGGACUCCGAGUAUUAGAUAUAGGUUCGGACUGGGUGGACACGGUGGUGGAAUCAGGCGGGAUGCUCUGCAGUCGUAAAGGCGUAAACCUUCCCGGCUGCGACCUAAUCGGCAUGCAGGCGGUCAGCCCGCGGGACGAGGCUGACCUGAGGUUCGGCGUGGCUCAGGGUGUUGACAUGGUGUUCGCCAGCUUCAUCCGUUCAGCCCAGGACGUCAAGGAUGUGCGUCGCGCUCUGGGGGCGCAUGGUCGAGAUAUCAAAGUGAUCAGCAAAGUGGAAAGCCGGCAAGGAGUUCAAAAUUUUGAGGAAAUCCUGGCUGAGAGCGAUGGCGUGAUGGUUGCCAGAGGCGACCUGGGGAUCGAGAUCCCUGCGGAGAAAGUCUUCAUUGCCCAGAAGAUGAUGAUUGGGAGAUGCAACUCUGCUGGGAAGCCUGUCAUCUGUGCCACACAGAUGCUUGAGAGCAUGGUGACCCACCGACGGCCAACUAGAGCAGAGGGCAGUGACGUUGCCAAUGCCGUGCUGGAUGGAGCUGACUGUGUAAUGCUAUCUGGAGAAACCGCCAAGGGACUGUUUCCUGUGGAGUCAGUUGCAAUGAUGCAUUCGAUCUGCAGGGAGGCAGAGGCGGCCAUUUUCCACCAGCAGCUUUUUGAGGAGUUGCGCCGCCUCACUCCUCUCUCCUCUGACCCCACGGAGGUCACGGCGAUCGGAGCUGUGGAGUCUUCGUUCAAAUGCUGUGCCGGGGCCAUUAUAGUCCUCACGACCACUGGCAGGUCGGCUCAUCUCCUGUCCAGGUACCGCCCUCGCUGUCCGAUCAUUGCCGUCACCAGGAGCCCGCAGGUCACCCGUCAGUCUCAGCUGUUACGAGGCGUGUUUCCUGCCCUCUUCCACCCUCUGCCCGCUCCUGUGUGGGCUGAUGAUGUGGACAACAGGGUCAACUUUGGCAUGGAAAUUGGGAAAGCAAGAGGAUUCUUCAAGUCUGGCGACAUGGUGAUUGUGGUGACAGGCUGGAUCCCAGGGUCUGGUCACACCAACAUUAUGAGGGCAGUGAAUGUCCCGUAACAACAUGACCUCACUGGACUCUAAAUCUAACUGAGUUGCUGGAGGUUUAUUAAGAGAGCCUUUAAAAUCUUUUAAUGCACCGAAAAGCCAAAGAACCACCCCUAAAAUUGAAGCAAUAACCUCUGUCGAAAGCAGCAGAAACACUCUCCUUAAAAUUUGAGGUUAUUAUGAGGAAACACUUGGUCUAAUAACCACUCAUAUGUACCCAUGACUCCCUUCAAAUAAAACUUGACUUUAACUUUAA